AUGGCAACUAUAAGGAAUUUGAAAAUCAAGACUGGGACUUGUAAACGCCUCGUUAAGGAGUUUGAUUCUUAUGAGAAAGAGGUUGUGAGAGAGGCUGCGAAAAGAGCAGACAUGAAGGGGAAAGGAGCUGAUCCUUAUGACCUCAACUAUCUUUCCCAGUUUUUUAAGCAAUGCAUUUAUGUUCAGGCUGAGUUGGAAGAAGAGUUGAACCAGAAUGAAGGCCCUAAAAUUGAAGAAGCUCGGACAAAUAAUUUGUAG